GGCUGCCGAGCCAAGACCCCACGCUAGAGAUUACAGCAAAAYCGUGGUAAACGGCUCGCUAUUCGGCGCUUUUUGGAAGGGUUUUCACUGAAAUAAGGACAUACACUCUACAGGGAACAAAACAACAACCCACAACGCACUCUAGACCAUACUUACAGUAAGGGUCUGUGUCCCUUCCUCGUGAGUUCUACAAUUUUUUUUCGUCUGAGACGAUCCGCUCGGACCAAAUCUUGCCCUUGAAAUGGAGACUCAUCAUAUGGGCCUACCAAUAGGAGAUGCCAACAAGAGCAUGGAGACGGCAAUGUGGACACAGCAGUACCAUGACUCAGGUAUCAUGUCCGGUGCAACGACCACAGCACACUCAGUCAAAGGAGAUGAAGAUGAUGAUUACAUGAAAACAACUCACAUGGGUUUUGAAUGGGAGCAGAGCUUCACCGACACAGAGAUGCAAGCCAUGAAUGAGCAGUUUGUUUCAACAAGAAGUCAACGUAUMCGUCAGGCCAUGUUUCCAGAGACMCUUGAAGAAGGAGUGCAAAUCCCUUCCACUCAGUUUGACACAACAUCAUCUACAGCAGUGCAACGACUGGCUGAACCUUCCUUGAUGCUUAAGCAGGCGGUUGUUAAUUUGAUCAACUAUCAGGAUGAUGCAGAUUUGGCAACACGAGCUAUCCCAGAGUUGACCAAGCUUUUGAAUGACGAAGAUCAGGUUGUUGUUGGUCAAGCUGCUAUGAUGGUACAUCAGCUUUCAAGGAAAGAUGCUAGUCGCCAUGCUAUCAUGAAUUCCCCCCAGAUGGUAGCAGCAUUAGUCAGAGCAUUGAAYAACUCUACUGAUGUUGAAACUACUAGAUGCGCUGCUGGGACACUACACAAUCUAUCCCACCACAGGCAAGGACUGCUUUCCAUCUUCAAGUCUGGUGGUAUCCCAGCACUUGUCAAACUACUUGGAUCUCAGGUCGAAGCUGUUGUCUUUUAUGCCAUCACCACACUUCAUAACCUUCUUCUCCAUCAAGAAGGUGCCAAGAUGGCUGUCCGACUUGCUGGUGGAUUGCAAAAGAUGGUAGCUCUGYUGGGUCGCACAAAUGUCAAGUUCUUGGCUAUUGUUACAGACUGCCUUCAUGURUUGGCRUAUGGCAAUCAAGAAAGCAAGCURAUCAUYCUGGCCUCAGGCGGCCCAGCCGAGCUUGUUCGCAUCAUGAAGAGCUACACUUAUGAGAAACUUCUCUUCACAACCAGCCGUGUGUUGAAAGUCUUGUCUGUUGAUACUGACAAUAAAAUGGCUAUUGUAGAGGCAGGGGGAAUGAAAGCACUUGCGAUGCAUCUUGGUCACCAAAGUAAUCGUCUGGUACAGAACUGUCUUUGGACACUGCGUAACCUGUCUGAUGCCGCAACAAAGGAGGAAGGACUGGACAACUUGCUUCAGAUGCUGGUACAGCUACUCUCAUCCAACGACACCCAGGUUGUGACGUGUGCAUCUGGUAUCCUCUCGAAUUUGACGUGCAACAAUCCAAGAAACAAGCAACUGGUGUGCAGGUUUGGAGGUAUUGAAGCCCUUGUACGUACUUGUCUGCAGGCAGGAGAUAGAGAAGAGAUUACUGAACCAGCUGUCUGUGCACUUCGCCAUCUGACAAGCAGACAUGCUGAUGCAGAGGCAGCUCAGAAUGCCGUGCGCGUCCAYUAUGGACUUCCAGUACUUGUAAAGCUCCUUCAUCCACCAUCACGCUGGCCUCUUAUCAAAGCUGUCAUUGGCCUUAUUCGAAACUUAGCUCUCUGCCCUGCUAACCAUACACCAAUCAGAGAACAUGGUGGUCUUCCUCGCCUUGUCCAGCUCUUAAUGCGCGCUAAUCAAGACAUGCAGAGACGACCAGGCCAAACGGCUGUUAUUGACGGRGUGAGAAUGGAUGAUAUUGUUGAGGGAACUGUUGGUGCGCUUCACAUCUUAUCCAGAGAGGCGCAUAACAGGGCUGUGAUUAGAAGUCUGCACUGUAUUCCACUCUUUGUCCAGUUGUUGUAUUCGCCYAAUGAGAACAUCCAGCGAGUUGCGGCGGGAGUGCUCUGCGAACUGGCUCAAGACAAAGAAGGAGCUGAAGCUAUCGAAGCUGAAAACGCGACACAACCAUUAACAGACCUGUUGCACUCGAGAAACGAGGGCAUUGCCGCGUACGCAGCCGCCGUGUUGUUCCGUAUGUCUGAAGACAAGUCRCAAGAUUACAAGAAGCGUCUAUCUGUUGAACUGACGAGUUCUUUAUUUAGAGAAGAUGCUGCUUGGCCUGAGCACAUGGAUGGUGACUUCAUGGACAACUACCAAAUGCCCGGUGUUUACUACCCCCCUGAAAAUAUGGAUUAUACACACGGCCCGAUGGAUUAUCAACAGCAGCAUUACGGGGACUAUCACGGCGAUCCAGGCAUGCAACCCCCCGUUCACCACCAACCUCCCCCCCACGGUGGACCGUGGUACGAUACAGACCUAUAGAGAAUAUUUGACGCUGCAUAAACUAGUAUAUGCCUAGAGCGUGUAUUACCAACACCUGAGGUGUUCCGUUUUGUAAAAUAACUCAGAAGGGAUUGAAAAGCUGUUUUAGCAAAURUGUUUUCUUAUUUUCAAGAUUUCYUUUCAUUAGAUGGUUUUUGUUUUGUGGAUUUUUUUAUUGUCUUGAAGCCAAUUUUUGUUAAUACAAUAGACGAGAUGUUAACAAGCUUAAAAACGUAGCAACGUGUACUCUCUAAAUCUCGCAAAAAAAGAAGUACCAUUUUUUUAAUGUAAAAGUCAUUUUUGCCGUAUUUAUUUUUGUCGUGUAAAAUUUCCAAUACCAAUUUCUCAAUAAUCAAUAAUUUUCCCUUAUUUCCUUGCUUCAAAGGUCGGCGACGCGUUGCUCCUGUGCUUUAGCGAGCAGCUUAAUUGUUGGAUGAUAUAUUAGUAUUUAUGUGAUAAUGUUUGGAUAUAAUAAAGUGAUUCAUGCGUCGUCUAUGAAACCAAAAUGACCAUCUAGUUCUGAUCAAGAACAAAAUAAACGAGUCGGAGCUCUAACUACUUCUUCAGUUGGCCAUUUUUCACAGACGAUGUUGAAUCRCGAUCCGUUUCAGUUGUUUUGUAUCAACCAUAGACUUUGUAUAAGUAGGGAAGCGCUUUUUAUCUAUGUACAUUAUAAUGCUUGUGGUCGUGUUUGUACUCGAAGCGAUGUUGAUUCAUCCAUUCAAAUGAUAGUUUCAGCAAUAAUCAACCAAUAAAGUCUUUUAUUAAUGCCU